AUGGUGGGCCCGCAGUACGACCUCGUCGGCAACCCCCUGGGCGCGGUGCGCGCCACCUUCGAGAGGGCGGCGGCGGCGGAGUCCGGGGGCCGCGACCCGGUGGCGGCGUUCCGGUCCAAGGACUGGGGCGCCAGCGAGGUGUUCCGCUCCUUCCUCUUCGAGCAGGGCGGCCUCGACAAGGUUCCAUUGUUGGAUGCAUCGAAUCUCGGAUUGAUCAAACCCAACACCCUCGUCCGGUUCCGGGGGAUGGUUCAGGACAUGCUCGGGAACGAGUUCUAUGCCGGGGCUUUCAAGGAUGGGUCUACCUGGAGGACGAACAAGUUCACAGAUUUCUCACCGUUCGCGAUGCCGCACCCGUGUGACUCGCAUCUCUGGGAGCGCCAUCUCUUCCAUUGUGUGCCUGUGCCUGGGCAGAAUUCGUGGACACUGGACUCUUCCCCUGGGCCUGACUUGCGCCAAAUGGCAAACUGCUUGUCACCUGAACAAAGGGAGAAAAGGAAGAGGGAUGGAGAUGAUGAUGCCAUGGAUGUUUUGGAAAAUGGAAAUGGCGAGAGUUCUUCAUGCAGCAAGAAACCAAAGGAAGAUGACGUCCAGAUCCCAUCUAGUUCAGCAGAAAUGCCAGCAAGUGAAAACGUGCCACAGAUGAAUGGGAAUGAUCAUCAUAUUCCUGGAAGCUCCUUUUCAUGUCUAGUGAAGAUCUAUGAUAUGCCUGAAAGUCAAGUGAAACUAAACGAUGUUGCUGAGUUCAUAGGGGUAUACACAUUUGACCCAGAACUUGCUGCUCCCAAUGAUAAUUCGGAUGAUAUAAUGUUUGAUCUCAUAGAAGAUGUAACAGCUCAGUUGCCUCCCAGCAAGGUGCCCCGUCUUCACUGUUUGGUGUGGCGAAAGUUAUCAUCUGUUGAUUUUCUAGCAAAGUGUCCUGCUGUUGAGCCUUCACCAAGUCUCCUAAAAGGCAUCCGGCAAUCUUUGGUCUCACAUCUCACUCUGGUAUUAGGGAAAGAUGACCUGGCAGCUAACUGUUUACUGCUGCAUCUUCUAUCCAGACUACGAACUAGGGUGGAUGUGGUCACUGUUGGCAGGCUCUCCUUGAAUUUCACUGGAUUUAACAGAGAAAGUGUUUCCAUUUUUGGAAAACAGCUAAAUGCUUUGAUCCAGGGACUAAUGCCGUAUUCACAAGCUAUUCCUCUGUCAAUUGAGUAUCUCAACACAGCCACACUUCAACCUAGAAAGGACAACAAGUCAGGAAGGUUGGUUACAGGAGUUCUGCAGCUACCUCAAGGCUCUCACUUGACAUUUGAUGAAACUCUCUUGCAAUCUGGAUCUUUGGCAUCUAAAGGUGUUGAGAAUACGGUGCUGCUUAAGAACUUGAUGGAGUCACAGAUGGUUGAGUAUGAUUUUGAGUACUACAAGCUGGAGAUGGCGACCGAUGUGCAGCUACUUACUCUUUCUGAGGGAAAAUCAAACAUCCUGCCUUCAGACUUGGUAGUGCCUUUUCGUCCAUCCACUGUUUCUGCGGUGAAUGCAACUUCUGAGGAGCUUGAGAGCUGGAGGUGGUACUUGGCCACAGUGAGGUCUCUCCCUCAGUCUUCUGAACCUGAGAUUUACCAGACGAUCCAAGAUGAAAUGGUCAGUGCCAUGCGCAACGACAGGAGCUUGGGUUGCACUGAACUUAGCAGAUGGCUGACAAUGGCUCAGAUAACAGCCUCAAGCUUUGGUGAGAAGAGCCUUUCCCUGGAGCACUGGCAGAUGGUGAAGGAGCUUGAGAGGCUCAGAAAGGAGAGGAUGCAAUGA